AUGCCCCGCCGCCCGGGCCCGCCCCGCGAUUACUACGAAACAUACGAGAUGGACCGUGAACCGAGGGAGUAUCGACGCCAUCGCGACUACGAAUAUGAUGAUUACCGUCGCAAGUCAGAGCCUCUGGUCGAGGAUAUGGCGCGGAUGGGGUUUCGCGAGCGGCCUAGACGGGAAUUCAUGGAGGGGUUUGAGAGACCCAUCGAGCGGGACGAGAUGAUGCCCCGGCGACCGAGGGAGAGGGAGAGGGAGAUGGAGAUGGAGAUGGAAUCGCCGGAGCGUGUGCCGUUGGGUCGGGAGGAUGUUUAUGCUCGGCCGCCGAGACCUAGGCGCAGACCCCGCCCUCGUGAGGUCGAGGAGGAUCUCGUGUCUGAGAGGGCGAGUCGUCGGGGUAGUCGUCGGCAUCCACAAGAUGUGGAGGAGGAUUUGUUUGUGGAGCAGAGGGAACGACAUAUGAAUAGGAGGCCUCGCCCGGAUCGAGAUGUUGAGCCUGAUCUUUUCGAUGAGGAGGAAAGACCCCGGGAGAGAAGAUCUCGCCCUCGACAGAUGCCUGACGAGGACAUCAUCCCGGAUGAAAGAGAGAGGGUGGACAGAAUGCGUCGCUCAGUGCCAGACAUCGAGGAAGAAGAUUUUCCCAUUGAGCGUGAAAGGCGUCGAGGCGUCAGACGUCAUCCUCGAGACGCCGAGGAGGACGACUUCGUCUUUGAGGAAAAGGAGAUUCGUCGAGGAAGUCGACGUCACCCAGAACGGAGGUCUGAAGAGGAUCUCUUCGAGGAAGACCGAGAAAGACGCAGGGGCAGCGCACGUCAUCCCGAGCGUAGAUCAGAGGACGACCUGUUAUACGAGAAGCGGGAAAAGCGACACCGCCGACGUCGCCCUGAGCGAGAGCUUGAAGAAGACAUCGUCGAGGAACCCAGACACAUGGGAAGAAGACGUCGACCCGAGGACGAAAUCGAAGAGGAAGAAGUGUUCAUGCGAAGAAGAGAGGAUGAACCUCCAUUGCGCCGUGGAUGGGAUAGCGAGCGCGACAUCCGUGCGCAUGAAAGAGCUCGCGCAUUCGAGGACGAAAGAUACACUCGACCAAGACCAAGACCUCCACCAGGCCGAAGAGUCGAAGUGGAAGAAGAGAUUCUUCCUGCUGAACCUCCCCCAGACCGACAUCGGAUGCCAGUCGAUCCCAUCGAUCCCUCUGAGGGGGAAUUCGAGGAAGAAAUGACCACCCGGUGGAAGGGUAAAGGGGGUCGACCGGCCAAACUUCCAGAAGAAGAGGGUACUAUGCGUGGACGGCGUGAGCGGCGACGAAGCUCGCCGUCAGAAGAUUUGACCCGUGAGAUGAGAGGGCUUCGUCGGGAUCGUCGAGCAGAAGCUCUCGACAAGGGACCGGGCCCUCACUCGCAUUCUGACUCCAGCUCACGGGCGAGAGACAUCAUAGUGGACGAAGAGGAGGUGGUUGUUCGAAAGCCCAAGAAGAUCGAGAUACCACCUUCUCCUCCGUCUCCUCCCAUUGAGCCUAUCCGAGUGCCCCCAAUACCGAAGGAAGUGCCCUUCCCCCCCAGACACAUUGAUGAAUACGAUGAGCCUCGCGUGCCUACGCCAGAGCUACGGCCCCUGAGAGGGAGCCCCAAUAAGAUUGAAAUACCUCCCCGGAGAAUGCGAGGGGGCCGAUCAUCCGAGGAGGAUGUCAUUCUCACGCGCCGCGAUAGCGAGGAAUCCCUUGCCCCUGAAGACUCAAUCUCGCCGACAGGCCAAGCAGUCCCCGAGAUAUUCAGCGACCCAUGGGGUGAUAAGAAACCAGUCAAGCCUCACGCUCGGCCCAAGGCGCGAAUUGUCGAAAGCGAGAGUGAGAGCGAUGAAAGCGACAGCGACAGUGAACCUCCAUUCAACCCUCGGGGAUAUCCAAUGCCCUCAAUGCCUCCAAUGCCUCCUAUGCCGCCAAUGCCAAAGAUGCCCUCGAUUCCACCAAUGCGCGACACAAAGGACACAGACGCCGAAAGUACUCGAACAGGCAACCGCACCUCCAAAGGCACUGAUGACUGGUCUGUCGUCCAAUCCCCUCCCAAGCCCGAAUCAGUUGAAAUGAGCGGGGCCCUGAACGUCGUCGAGGUCGAGCCCCGACAUGCGCCAGAACCAGACACAGGACGAGUAGCUCAACAAGUGACGGACGCCAAGGAUCCGCGCGAUGAUCGCUGGACCGAAAUCACCAAGAAGCUAGUCGUCAAAGAUGCCAUCGAGCAGAUGGGAUACGAGUAUGAAGAAACAAGAAGCUGCUACUUCAUCUUCUCCUACCUCACCUCCGACGACAUCGACGAGCUAGUCGAGCUCUCCGAUGAGAUCCGGAGUGCUCGUCGCAGACGCAUCCGCGAUAUGCAGCGCGAGCGAUCCUCCUACCCGCCUCCUGCUCCUCCCUUCCGACCACCGAGGAUGGGAAUGCCCGGGCCCCCGCGAGCCCGGAUGGCCGAGAAGCGCAUGCAGGAUAUGCGAGAUCGGGACUGGGUGUACGAUCGUCGACGGUGA